UGUGGAUAUUAUGGCAAAGUCGUAUUUUAUAUUUUUAGAAUAUCUUAUGCAUAUGAAAAAGAGUGAUAUAAAUUCGGGUGUUAGCGUUAAAUUUUCUAAGGAAAAUUAUAUAAAUCUAAAUAAAAAUAAUGUUUAUAAUCCAUAUAUGGAUGCUAGGGACAGAUCAUAUCUUUCCUCUUGGGAUAAUGAUGCGUAUAUUAAUUAUGAUUAUAUCUUGGAGAAGAAAAAUGAAAAAUGUUUUGAUCAUGUACUAUCUUCGGCAUCCAUUCCUGACUAUUCAUUAAUUGAUUCGUUGGCAACUCCAUUUCUCAACUAUCCGGAACCAGAUACCUUUCUUGUUGAUAUUAAUCAGGUUUUUAAGCGAGAUGAGCAUUUUUUCCCACCAAAUGCUACAUUUAAUAUAACAGAUACAAAAAAUAUUCCAGAUGUAGCUAAUUUUACUGAAGAUUUAUACGUUGAACAUUCUCAUGAUAAUUCUUGCGAUUUUGAUAAAUUUAUUGUAGAUGAUCCUAGUAAUCUAAACAAUGAUUUGGAAAUCUCUUCGUUAGAUAACACGUCUGCAACUGAGAAAAAUGACACUAUUUCUUCUAGCACUAGGAAAAAUGUUUGUUUUAAUUGUGGUGUAAAUGAAACUCCAUUAUGGCGAAGAAGUCCUGAUAAAAAGUAUUUGUUAUGCAAUGCAUGUGGACUUUAUUUAAAACAGUAUAAAUAUAUGCGGCCUUUAGGAUUUCAUCGUAAGAAAUCAUCUAAUUCACAAAGAUCAUCUAUUAAAUUGGUUUGUGUAAAUUGCGAGGUUACUGAAACAUCUUUAUGGAGAAAAAAUGAGCUUGGAAAACCUAUCUGCAAUGCAUGUCGUCUUUAUGAAAAAAUGCAUAACACACAACGACCUGUCACUAUGCGAAAGGAAUAUGUGAUCCGUCGUAGACGCUAUAAAAAUCUUUUUGAGCAUAUUUGAAUAUUGCUUUAAUAUAGAUUACUGUUUUGCCAGCUUCCUUUAUAGU